AUUUGAUUGUAUAGAGAGUGACUGAGAUGGGUUGAAGGUGGUUGCUCCUGCGCUUCCCCCAGGCCACAGGCUGUUGACGCGGUGUUGCUGCCAAGCGCGAUCGGGCGUCUAUUAUAGCCAAUAAUAGGAAGCAGCGCUUACCUAACUUGUUCCAGCUUAGUGGCGGCUCUUACCCUUCUAAUUUCCAUACAACGUUUCUUUCCCUGCAGCCACCUGUCAACAUCAACUUUAUCAACGGCAACAAACCAUCCUUCUGCUGCUGGCGCAUGAUGUUUGUGCCACUGCAACGGUGGUCAACUAACCAGCCAGAGCUAGAAGCUGGUUGAGUAUUUAUAAUUACUGUUUAAUUGUUGGUUUGAUCCGUUGCAUCCAAUACCUAACCUAUAUCUAUCCUUAAUCCUUAAUUAUUGAAGGCCCUUUUCUUCUCCGUGCAAGUUCAGAAUGUCGUUUCAUUCUGCCCGAAGGACUGAUCCACUGUGGCAGUGGCCAGAGCCUGCAACGGAGUCUGCAGCUGAGGCUACAAGUAGCUCACGGCAGCAAUCGAAAGAGCCUAUUAAGAGCCAGACCCAACCCCGUUCGCAGGAAGCGGCUGAGGGAGAACCUACUUCGUUCGCAUCUUCCAGCUCAUCCAGAUACUAUCCUUCUAGAACAUGUCGCAUUUGCCUAGAAACUGUUCCUCCCACCUUCCAGCCUGCUUCAGAGAACCUCCCGGAGUUCCUUCAGUCCACUCCUCGGGUUACAUACGAGUCGUCCGAUCCCGAGCUAGGUCGUCUCAUUAGACCUUGCAAAUGUAAAGGAUCCUCGAGAUAUGUGCAUGAAGGCUGUUUGAAUUCGUGGAGGCAUGCGGAUCCAGCAUAUUCGGACAGGAACUAUUGGCAGUGCCCCACAUGUGGCUUCCAGUAUCGUCUUGAGAGGAUGAGGUGGGGUCGAUGGAUCACGAGCACAGCAACUCAACUUGCCCUCACGGCCGUUAUACUGUUGCUUGCGAUGUUCCUGCUUGGUUUUGUGGCUGAUCCGAUAAUCAACCUAUAUAUUGAUCCGUUUGAUACCAUACUCUCGCGAUUAUACGAUCCCGAUGAUACUGAGAAGCUCAUCUAUCCCGAAGAGGAUGUCCCGGUAACAACAACGUGGGCCGAACAUUUCUUCAAGGGCCUUGCAUCUCUGGGCGUUUUGUCGUUCGUAAAAGUCAUAUUUGCUCUUUCUCCAUGGCAGUGGUGGAAUCUGCGGAACUCGGGCCUUGUUGGCGGUGGGCGGAGACCCGCUGCCACUGGCAGGGAUCGGGUGGCUUCGGUCAGCUGGAUCGUUCUUUUGAUAGGAGUGUUAACAUUCCUUUGGACUGUGUACAAAGGCGUACGGGCUUGGAGCCGCAAAGUGCUUCAGAAAGCAGGCGAUCGUGUGUUGGAUGUCCCAUUAGAAGACGACGAUGAACCUAAAGAUACCGCUUAUGCAGGUGCACAGGAGCCGUUGACUUCCAAGAAGGAAGAUUGAUUUCCAGAUCCCUAUUCUGUGUUUUAUACCCCUCUAGUUGCAGUAUUAUGCAGCCUCGUGAGUUCAUGAUUAACAAUUGAUGAUAAUUGUCUAUUCCUUGGUUCUCAUCCAACUUCACCCGCCUGAACUUCCCAUACACACCUCUUGCGUACCACGCACUACUUAAGUUGUCACGAUCUUACCAAUGAUGUGCCAAUUAGUCGAUGUGCGAAGAUCAACGAAACCUUCGUUAACUGCCUUCAUUUCCAAACUACGGAGGGGAUAUCUUUUUUUAAGCAUUGGGACGCUAAACGUUUUGUUUUUUGUUCUAUUACGUGCUUUAUCAUCUCAUUCUAUGGGUUUGUCGGUGGGAAGGUUUGAUCGUAGUCUCGACCGGUAUGGUUCGCUCUGGGGAAAUUGCAAUCAAGUUAUUCUUUUUUGCACCGUCCUACAUCAUGGUUCCUGUGUUUAAUGCUUUCCUCUUUUUGGGGAUUACAUUUUACUAGAAGGGAUCUUCCGAGCGUUCUUUUAGGGUUGGGCUACGGUACAUGCCGAGAUUGAAAUUUUUUUUUUUUAUUGUUGUCGCUCUUGCUCCUGUUUAAUAGAGGUGUUCCUAAACGACCUUUAUUUUUAUACAAGCGUAUUUCUCUUUCAUCUGGCACCGCAUACCUUCCUCACUUCCCUACAUAUACUUCCCAAACUUGCUGGGCUUGUUACUAAAUAGCUAAUAAGCUUUGUAAAGAACAUUUAAUUCACCUCCGAUACUCCGCCCCACAAUCUCCCAUAUCCCUAAAUAUUUCCCCCCUUCGGCUCUGGCACAGGACCUCCUCCAGCAUUCUCUUAUCCUCCGCAUCCAAGUGCCACUCAUACACCGCCAAGUUAUCCUCCGUAUGCUCACUAACACCCAUGCGUGCUCCAACAAGUACGGCACCCACGUAGCUGAAGUCGAGCACCCACCGUAUCGCUACCGCGGAGACACUUGCAUUGUGUUUGCGGCCGAUGGUGGAGAGGGUUUUGAGGAGGGUUUGGAAGAGGGACCAGGGGCCCCAUAUGUUUAUCAUUUCGAGGUACUAGACUGGGUGUUAAGCUUGGGUGGGGAGGUUGAAAGUUGGCAUUGGUUAUGGUUAGGGUUGGAGUUGUCACGUAUACCGCGUACCUUUCGCAGACUGGGAGUCAUCCCUGCGCCAAAUGCAUCUGGCUCAUCUUUUCCGAUCCAUUUUUCGGAGAGGAAGCCGCCGCACUGCAUAUCAGGGCGGCGGAGUUAGCGGUGCAGAACAUAAGGAUAUUAACGGGAUGAGUUUCAAUGUUAAUAUUGAGGAGAGCACCCCUUACCAAUGUCCCAUAUGUGAGAAGUUUGAUGUUAUGCUUCUCGCAUACUUCUGCCAUGGCGUACUUUGGCCGAGUGUCGAUGAGUGAGAACUGAAAACUGCUAUCAGCGAUUAUAUGGAACUGAUGUGCUAGUGUUCUCCAGGGCGCCCUUCUUUCGUUAUGAAGUUAUUGAAUUACCUGCACUUGAUUUGUGGCGAUCUUCACACCAGCACCAAUAACCUCUUCCAUUCUCUUCGUGUCAAAAUUACAUAGACCCAGCACUGCCACGCGCUCGUCGUUCUGGAGGAGUUGAAGGGCGCGGAUAUAUUGUGCGUCAUUAUACUGACGUAAAGAUUGUUAAGUUAGUAUCAUCGCUCUUCAUUGAUGGAGAUAUAUGACACAUGAAAUUUGUAGAAAUAAAACAGAGAGAAGAGUUAGGGGCCAUGUCCCCUCCUAAGAAAAAACCAAAAAGUUUACGACUAAAAUGAGAUAGAUAAUAAACAAUAGAGAUCUGGAGGCGGAAGACACACAUCAUGCCAGUGAAACUGGAGCAAAUCGAUUUUAUCCGAUUUUAUAUUUGCCAGGCGUUGUGAGACGGCAUCACGCAUUCCAUCUGGUGUCACUGUGAUAUGCUCAAAUACGCAGUA